GGACCGAGCGUUUCGGAGCCCGGAGGCGUUGGAGGCUCAGUGAAAUCGAGGCUAGGUCGGGCCUUGGUGCGUGGGGCGGCUCGGAGGGACGAGCGAGGAGCGAGGGGGCCUUCCUCAAGAAAAGAGCUGAGAGGAGGAAGAAAGGAUGGCGUCUGUGCUCCUGGCAGCUAGGUCCAAGAAAUCGUUGACAUUCAAGGAUGUGGCUGUGGACUUCACCAAAGAGGAGUGGAGACAACUGAACCCCUCGCAGAGAGAUAUGUACAGAGAUGUGAUGCUGGAGAACUAUGAGAACCUCGUCUUUCUGGGGCUUUUAGGUUCUCAACCAGAUGUGAUCUCCCAGCUGGAGAAAGGUGAAGUGCCGUGGGUGCCUGAGGGAGAAGUACCCAGAAGCCCUUGUCUAGAUUCUCUUAUUCAGAAUACUAGGCGUAAAAUCACAGAAUCAAUUCCGAAGCAAGCUGUUUCUCUGGGAGAAGCAUCCAAAGAAAUACUCACAAAGGAUAGAUCUUGUAAUGCCAUAUUGGGAGAUGACUGGGAAUGUGAUGUCAAGUUACAGAGGCAGAAGGGUAACCAGCCAAGAAAGUCCAAGAAAAUGACAGUCACCCAUGAAAGCGGCAUAUUUGGGAAAAGUCUCAGUUCAGCAUCAUUACCUGUUCCACAGCAGAGAGCUGCCUCAGGAAAAAGUCUCCACGGAUAUGGGGGAAGUUCAAAGACCUCUAAGCAGUAUUCAGGCAUUCUCAAGUGUCAUAAGAUCUCUAGCAAGAAACUUUCUAAAUCCAAUAAAUACAGGAAAUCCUUCAGUUACCAUUCAGAUCUUAUUCAAUAUCAUAGAAAAGUUACUGGGAAAAAAACAUGUGAAUGUAGUGAGUGUGGGAAAGCCUUUAGCACCAGGUCAUCUCUUAAAGGACAUCUGAGACUUCAUACUGGAGAGAGACCCUUUGUAUGCAGUGAGUGUGGGAAAGCCUUCAUUCAGAGGGCAAAACUGAAUGUACAUAAGAGAAUUCAUACUGGAGAGAAACCCUUUGUUUGUCAUGAGUGUGGAAAAGCUUUCAGAUACUCAAUAAGUCUUACUGAACAUAAGAGAAUUCACACAGGAGAGAAACCUUUUGAAUGUAAAGAAUGUGGGAAAGCCUUCAGGCAAAGCUCAGCACUUAGGAGGCAUCAGAUAAUUCAUACUGGGGAGAAACCCUUUGUUUGUAAUCUGUGUGGGAAAGCCUUCAUAGAGAGUGGAAAACUUACUGCACAUAAAAGAAUUCACACAGGUGAGAAGCCCUUUCAGUGUAAAGAAUGUGGGAAGACCUUUAGCUACAUCUCAUCCCUUAGAGAUCAUUGUAGGUUUCAUACUGGAGAAAAUAGACAUGAAUGUAAUGAAUGUGGGAAAUCUUUCAGUAGAAGCACUUCACUUAAAGGCCACCAAAAAAUUCAUACAGGUGAGAAACCCUAUGUGUGCAGUGAGUGUGGGAAAGCUUUCAUAGAGAAAGUAAGACUUACUGAACAUAAAAGAAUUCAUACUGGAGAGAAACCCUUUGAAUGCAAUGAAUGUGGAAAAGCCUUCAGCCACAGCUCAUCCCUUAGAUACCAUCGAAGACUUCAUACUGGAGAGAAACGAUACAAAUGCAAUGAGUGUGGGAAAUGCUUCAGUGCAAGUUCAACACUUAGAAAGCAUCAGAGAACUCAUACUGGAGAGAAACCCUUUUCCUGUACUGAGUGUGGGAAAGCCUUCAUAGAGCGAGGGAGGCUUACAGAACAUAUGAGAAUUCAUACUGGAGAGAAACCUUUUGAAUGUAACGAAUGUGGAAAGGCCUUUAGCUAUACCACUAGUCUUACUGAACAUCAGAGAAUUCAUACAGGAGAGAAACCUUUUGAAUGUAGUGAAUGUGGAAAGGCCUUCAGCCAAAGCUCAACACUUAGGACACAUCAGUUAACACAUACUGGAGAAAAGUCUUUUGAAUGUAAUGAAUGUAAGAAAGCCUUCAGUAGCCGAUCAUCCUUGAAACUUCAUUGGAGAAUUCAUACGGGAGAGAAAAAGUUUGAAUGUAGUGAAUGUGGGAAAUCCUUUAUCAGAAGCUCAUCACUUAUGAAGCAUCAAAGGAUUCACACUGGAGAAAAACCAUUUGCAUGCAGUGAAUGUGGGAAAGCCUUCAUAGAGAGAGGAAGACUUAAUGAACAUAUGAGAAUUCAUACAGGAGAAAAACCCUUUGAAUGUCACGAAUGUGGAAAAGCCUUUAGCUAUAUAGCAAGUCUUACUGAACACAAGAGAAUCCAUACUGGAGAGAAGCCUCUUGAAUGUAAUGUGUGUGGAAAAGCCUUCCGCCACAGGAUAGGUCUUACAGCUCAUAAGAGAAUUCAUACAGAAGAAAAACCUUUUGAAUGUAAAGAAUGUGGGAAAGCCUUCAGUAACAGCUCAAACCUUAUGAUGCACUGGAGGCUUCAUACAGGAGAGAAACCCUUUAAAUGUAAUGAAUGUGGAAAAGCCUUCAGCAAUAGCUCAAACCUUAGGACACAUCAAAGACUUCAUACUGGAGAGAAACCCUUUGAUUGUAAUCAGUGUGGGAAAGCCUUCAGAGAGAAAAGACAACUUACUCUACACAAGAGGAUUCAUACUGGAGAGAAGCCUUUUGAAUGUAAUGAAUGUGGGAAAGCUUUCAGUUAUCCCACAAGUCUUACUGAACAUAAGAGAAUUCAUACUGGAGAGAAGCCCUUAGAAUGUAAUGAAUGUGGGAAAACCUUCAGUCACAGUUCAUCUUUUAGGAAUCAUAAGAAAUGUCAUAUUAAAGAAUAACAAUAUCUCUGAAACUAAUACAGGAAACCUCUAGUAACAACUCAUUCCUUUUGUACUUUUAGAAAAUUCAUGUUUUAAAGAACGAGAAGGUAACGUGAGAAUUUUUUCAACAAUUGCACAUCGUUUAAGAGAACUGAGAGAAUUUACAGAAUCACAAAAACUAUAUAGUUUUGAGGGAACUUGGGGAUCACAAUCUAUCUCAUAGCAGUAGAAUGUAAGGUACUUGACGGCAAGAAUUAUUGAAUUUUUUUUUUUUUGUCUCUGGUUACCUAGCACCUAGCACAGAGUCUGGCAUGUGGUAGGUGCCCAACAAAUGCUGCCUAAACAAGAAUGUACUAUACAAUAUGCCUGAAAAGUGGGCUGGAUGAUUUGCUUGAAAAUUGGAUUCUGGAAGCCAAAAUAGGCAUUCAAAGCCCUUACUUUCACUCCAGCUAUGGAAUCCUAUAACGAAAGAGUAUCUCUCAGGGACUCAAUUAAAACCAAUGAGAUGGUUGGAACAAGUGAUAUGACAGAUAUAGCAACAUGGGUUUAAGAAAGCUUUUAUACUUUUUUUUUUUUUUUUGUAUUUGAAAAAUAGAAGCCCAUGAGAUGAGACUUGUAGGGAGUUCAGAGCCAUGAACUUUCCCUGGAGAAUUGCCUGUUAUGAAUGUAAGGUGAUUUGAUUGAAGAGAACAUAGAAUACCUUUUUAAUGGUAACAGAAAGUGAUAGCUAAACUUCAGCAAUCCAAAGAUGUCCUCUGUGGACAUAUGGAUCUUCCCCAAAGAAUCUGGUUGACUCUUAAUGACUUUCAAGCUUAGUUUCACAGAUGCUGGAAUUUUGAUGUGAACUUGAAAAAAAAAGCUGGAAUCAUCCUAUUAACAAAACAAGUAUUGGAGAUAUUUGUCUAAAGAGACACCUGGGUAUCUGCCUCCUGGCAAAUGAUUGUUGUGGAUACUUCCAUGAUUCUGCAUUAAACCUGUUCUGUGUGUGUUGUGUUGUGACACAUGCAUCUGAGUUUGUAGUUCAAAUAUAUGUAUGAAUCAGUGUAUUAAGAACUAAUUUAGCUUAGGAUUUAUUCUCCCUUUCUUUACCACGCUACUACCAAAUGCAAAAUACCUAGAAAACUAUCAGCCUUUUAACUCUGCAUAUGAGGAGGGAAGAGGGUUAACUACUUUUGCUGAAAGAAAAUUUCCAGAAAGUGAGGACAAUUGGAACUGUAGACUCAGAAGUUAUAAAGGUUUAUUUCCUCAUGUAUGGCCAUGUUUCUGUGAGCUGAGUACAAACACCCCUUUUCCUGUCUAACCAGGAAUUUUAAAGCUCUCUUCAGCAUAAGACUAGUCCAGUAGAACCUGAGAAAGGUAUUUUUAUUACUCAGUCUUACCCUCUUUUACAUAUUUCAAAUGGCAGCAACCACUUCUCUUUAAUAUUCUAUCACUGUAUUGCUUACUAUUGGAAGUUAUUAUUAAAACUAAGUUUCUCAUAAAAAGUAGUUAUUCAGUGAGCCAGUUGUCAGUUUGAUGAACCAUGAUUUGCAUACUUCAUUGUGAAUUAAAUUGUGUUUAAUAAAUAUGCUUAAUAUUUUCAUAUGUUUUCAAAGAAC